AUUAAAAAUGGCAUCCUCGUCGCAGCAAAGCCCAGCCCGUAUAUCUUAGUGGGUCAAAGUUUUCCUAAGAAGAGACAAGUUUCUAUUUUUACUGGAUUAUAUUCUAGUCCUUUGUUUGCUUUCUCGCUCUCAGUCUUCAGUUGCUGGAGCGUCUUAUUGAAGUUAAAGCACCGGCCGUAAAACUCCUUUCUCGGCGGCAAUGCUAAGGCAAUGAGAAAACUUGAGAAUUAAAUACACAAUUAAAGGAGAAAGAAAGUUUUGAAAAGAAGAAAUGGCAAAACUACAGAUAGAGGGUGAUGACUCAGUUCUUUUGCGUGUUACUCACUCUAACCUCAAGACCCUCUGUGCCAGUGUUCGAUUCUCCCUUCAGUCUACUGUGGAAUCUGUGAAAGAGAAGCUGUGGAAGAAAUGUGGUACAGCAGUUAAUUCAAUGUCUUUGGAGCUCUAUGAUGACACUAACUCCAAAAUUUCUGAUUUAACCUAUGAUUUCAGGCCCCUUGGUUUUUAUUCUCCUCUUGAUGGGUAUCGGCUACAUGUGAUAGAUCUUGAUCCUUCAUCGAUAACCUCGGGAGGGUGGUUAGAAGACACUUCAUUGGUGGAGAAAUACACUAUUUCAGAAGAGGCCUAUGAGAAACUGUUAGAUUUCUGGCAUUUCAGCACUUUCAGAAAAUUCAAAGAAAAAAUAGUCUCUCAAAAUCCAUCAGCCUUUGAGCCUAAGGUAACUGACAGAUACAUGGAAGACCUGUCUGCAAAUAUCAAGGUGGGAUACAGAUGUGAAGUUGAACCUGGGGAGAAAAGAGGGGUUGUCAAAUUUGUCGGUCGAGCUGAAUCUCUUGCACCUGGCUUUUGGGUUGGAGUUCAAUAUGAUGAGCCAUUGGGGAAACAUGAUGGCAUGGUGAAAGGAGUGCGCUACUUUGAUUGUCCUCCACUUCAUGGUGCCAUGGUUAGGCCUGACAAAGUAAAGGUUGGUGACUAUCCAGAAAGAGAUCCUUUCGAUGAGGAAGAAAUAUGAACUGGAGAUAGCAAAAUGCGUCUUCUUGCAUGCCUUUCAUAUUCAGGCAACAAUAUUCACCUUUUUGAGGGAUUAUAUGGUGGCAAGGAUGGAAGCUGAACAAUAUUUUUGCACCGGCAAGGUAACAGGACCAAAUGGUUUAUUAAAUGGUUUUUUGAUUGGUUUUUUAAAUCGGAUCAGUUACCGCCAAUGCAGCAAAACCAUUGGCUUAUAUACUGUGUUAUUACUGUAUUAGGCAAUGGCUAAUAUCUUAAUCAGAAUGUAUUUGUUUAUACUAUGGAUUGUGAUGUUACUCCAAUCUUCAUUAUCCCUGUACACCACUCGCAACUUAUAAAAAACAAGUUCUUUCUGCUCUUCCUUUUUUUCAA